CUGCCUUCCACGGCGUCCGGCCUUUUUUCUCUUAAACAACUCCUCUCCGGGUUUUAUUAAUGCGGAAUGAGUGAUCAAAAGAAGGAAGCCAUGGCCACUGAUGGGGGGAAAGCCAGUGGAGGUGAUGGGGGUACGAAAGGGAAAACUUCUGGAUCACAGGAUGCACAGCCGUCUCCUCUUGCAUUGCUUGCAGCGACGUGCAGUAAAAUCGGAGGUGUUGGCGCUGAGGGUCAGGCGGCUGCACAACAGCAGAUAAUAAUCGACCCGAGCCAAGGUCUGCUUCAGCUGCAGAACCCCACACAGCAGCUGGAGCUGGUCCCGGCACAGCUCACCGGAAACGGCUGGCAGAUCAUCGCCACCUCCCCUGCAACCGCAACCAAGGACAGCAUUCAACAGGCUGGCGCUAAUGCAGCGUCCAGCGAAGCCGCAGCCGGCCGGAAAGUCAAGGCCGUCGGCUCUAAUAAUGCAGCGCAGCAGCAGUUUCAGAUCAUACAGGUGCAGAACCUGCCCAACUCGUCCGGCGGGAUUCAGUAUCAGGUCAUCCCGCAUCUUCAAACCGCUGACGGACAGCAGAUCCAAAUAAGCCCCAGCAACCCCGCAGCCUUAAGCGUUCAGCCCGAACAGAUCCAGCUCAUUUCCACCGGAAACAACCAAGCCAUUCUGGCCACGCCACAGAGGACGGGAUCCGCCAGCAUCGUCCAAAACCAGACCAUCCCGCUUCAGAUCAGGCCGUCAUUUCCUCUGCAGCUCCAGACCAUUCAGGGUACGCAAGCACCAAUGGUGACUACAUUACCCAUAAACCUCGGCGGCGUGACUUUGGCUCUGCCGGUGAUCAAUAACGUAGCAGGAGCCGGCGGUUCUGUUCAGCUUCUCCAAUCCAGCGAUGGCAGCAUCUCCAAUGGAAACCAGCUGAUCACGACGGUCACAACAAGCACAGCAGAUUCCACAGGGAGUUCGACCUCCACCACGACCGCCACAGGAAGCGAUUCGGUCGUCGUGACUUCAGCUGAUGGACUAUCUACGACGUCCAUGGUGUCCGCCGAGAGCCCAAAGGAUAAUGAAGCAGAUUUAACCCAAUCCAACGGCCUCCAAUCCACAUCUGAGCAGGCCGGACAAAUCCAGCAGUUCCAGAUCGUGGGCCACCCGGUGCUCCAGCAGAUCCAGAUCCAGUCUCCGCAGCAGCAGGUGGUGCAGGGCUCCAUACAGAUCCAGCCCGGGCAGACUUUACAGCCGGUCCAGCAAAACCUCCAGCUGCAGGCCUUCCAGAACCCGGCGCAGGUGCUGAUCCGGACGCCCACGCUCACGCCGUCGGGGCAGAUCAGCUGGCAGACGGUGCAGGUGCAGAACGCAGGCAUGCCCCAGCAGCUGACGCUCGCCCCGGUGGCGUCCAGCGCAGGCGGUGGGACGUUUGCUCAGAUUGCUCCGCUGACGCUCGGAGGCUCACCUAUCACGCUCAGCGCCGCGCAGCUGCCCGCGGGCUCAGGGGUGCAGACGGUCAACAUUGCCGGUCUGGGGGCGGCUGGAGUGCAGGUGCAGGGCGUCCCGCUCACCAUCACCGGUGUACAAGGUCAACAGCAGGGUCAGGAUGGGGUCAAAGUUCAGUCCGCUCCAGUGACGGUGACCGUUGGGAACAUCAGCAACGCUGUGAGUCCUGAGCAGAUGGGGCAGGUCCAGAGCCCGUCCGAUCAGGAGGGUCAACCCAGCAAGAGGCUGCGCAGGGUGGCCUGUUCCUGCCCCAACUGCAGAGAUGGAGAGGGCAGAAACAACAGCGACCCGUCAAAGAAGAAGCAGCAUGUGUGUCAUAUGGAGGGUUGUGGGAAGGUUUAUGGGAAAACGUCUCACCUGAGGGCUCACCUGCGCUGGCACACAGGAGAACGACCAUUCGUCUGUAACUGGAUCUUCUGUGGGAAACGCUUCACGCGGAGCGACGAGCUGCAGCGGCACCGCAGAACACACACAGGUGAGAAGAGGUUCGAGUGUCCCGAAUGCUCCAAGAGGUUCAUGCGGAGCGACCACCUGUCAAAGCACAUCAAAACCCACCAAAACAAGAAAGGUGGAGCAGCUCUUACCAUCAUCACCACAGACGAGAUGGAGGAGGAGGUGGAUGAGGUGUUGGGCUCGCCGAGGAUCGUUACAGUGGCGACGCUCUCACAUGAUUCCAACCCGGCCACGCCCACCACUUCAAACAAUUUAGAGGAGGAGUUUGAGUAGUUUUCCCUCCAAAAAAAAAAAAAAAAAAAAA